AAUUAAUUCGUGAGCCCGGUUUAAUUUGGUGGAGCUCGUCAAUGGAAUGGCUCGUGUUUACAUGGAGACGAUGAUACAAAAAUGCGUCACCUUCUCUCAAAUCAAACAACUCCAAUCUCAUUUCCUCACCGCCGGCCAUUUCCAAUCUUCCUUUCUCCGUUCUCGUCUUCUCGAACGCUGCGCAAUUUCACCAUUCGGCGACCUUUCCUUCGCCGUAAAAAUCUUCCGUCACAUCCCUAAACCUUUAACCAAUGAUUGGAACGCAAUCAUCCGCGGAUUCGCCGGAAGUUCUCAUCCUUCACUUGCGUUUUCAUGGUAUCUUUCCAUGUUACAGCGAUCUUCAUCGUCGGCUAUAUGUAGAGUAGAUGCUUUGACUUGUUCUUUCACUCUUAAAGCUUGUGCUCGUGCGCUUUGUUGUUCCGCUAUGGUUCAGAUUCAUUGUCAGAUUAGUCGUCGUGGAUUCUCCGCUGAUGCGCUUCUUUGUACUACGUUGCUUGAUGCUUACUCUAAAAAUGGAGAUUUGAUUAGUGCGCUGAAGUUGUUCGAUGAAAUGCCUGUGAGAGAUGUUGCGUCGUGGAAUGCGUUGAUUGCGGGGUUAGUGGCGGGGAAUCGAGCGAGUGAGGCGUUGGAGUUGUAUAAAAGAAUGGAAAUGGAAGGGAUUCGAAGAAGUGACGUAACUGUUGUUGCUGCUUUGGGAGCUUGUUCUCAUUUGGGUGAUGUUAAGGAAGGUGAAAAGAUUCUCCAUGGAUACAAUAAAGAUGCAAAGUUGGAUCAUAAUGUGAUUGUUAGUAACGCGGCUAUUGAUAUGUAUUCGAAAUGCGGGUUUGUUGAUAAAGCUUUUCAAGUGUUUGAACAAUUCACGGGUAAGAAGAGCGUUGUUACAUGGAACACUAUGAUUACGGGGUUUGCAGUGCACGGAGAAGCACACAGAGCGUUAGAGAUUUUCGAGAAGUUGGAGCAUAAUGGCAUCAAGCCUGAUGAUGUCUCGUACUUAGCUGCUCUAACCGCGUGUAGACACGCAGGAUUAGUGGAGUAUGGUAUGGCUAUAUUCAACAACAUGGCUUGUAACGGAGUUGAGCCUAACAUGAAGCAUUACGGUUGUGUAGUAGAUCUGUUAAGCCGUGCAGGAAGGCUGAGAGAAGCUCACGACAUUAUAUGUUCGAUGUCGAUGGUUCCGGAUCCUGUUUUGUGGCAGAGUCUUCUUGGGGCUGCAGAGAUUCACAAUAAUGUCGAAAUGGCUGAGAUAGCGUCUAGGAAAAUAAAGGAAAUGGGUGUUAACAAUGACGGUGAUUUUGUGUUGCUGUCAAACGUUUAUGCAGCGCAGGGACGAUGGAAGGACGUAGGACAAGUGAGAGAUGAUAUGGAAAGAAAACAAGUGAAGAAAGUUCCCGGUAUUAGCUACAUAGAAGCCAAAGGAACGAUUCAUCAAUUCCACAACAGUGACAAGAGCCAUGAACAGUGGAGAGAGAUUUAUGAGAAGAUCAACGAGAUCAGGUUCAAGAUAAGGGAGGAUGGUUACGUAGCACAGACGGGACUUGUGUUGCACGACAUUGGAGAGGAAGAAAAAGAGAACGCUUUGUGCUAUCACAGCGAGAAAAUGGCGGUUGCCUACGGACUGAUGAUGAUAGAUGGCGCGGACGAGGAGAGUCCGGGAUCGAGUUCGAUUUCAUAGGUUCAAAGAUGGUUCUUGCUCUUGCAGAGAUUUUUGGUAAAGUUACAAAAUUAAGAGGGUGGCAAUUU